AUGCGAGAUAUGAUGAUUGUUAUAACGCACGAUGACCAUCUGGUUGGUAAACUGAUGAUCGGAUCAAAGCCUGAGUUCAUAUACAUCCUCGGGAAAGACAACAACGGCGUGUCCGGCGUGUCUCACAUCAGACGACAGUAUUCUGACGGACGUUCCGAAGAGGCGAACUUAGCAGCAAUUGAACAAUGA